AUGCGAAGGAAAAGUACAAUAACGACAGAAGAAAUCCAAUUGACUAAUCUCACCGAAACCAGAAGUCUUGAAAGACCACUCACCGCUUCUUCGAUUGUCAUAUCCGAAUUUCAACCCACUGUUAGCAUCGAACCCGAAAAUCAAGAUGAAGCAUUCCCAGAUGGAGGAUUUAAAGCAUACAGCGUAGUCCUUGGAUCUUUUAUCGGACUAGUAGCUAAUUUCGGAACAUUAAAUUCAAUAGGUGCAAUCCAAGCCUAUGUCGCGACACAUCAACUUGAGGGAGUUAAGACAUCAACCAUAUCCUGGAUCUUUUCAAUCUAUUUAGCGGUGUCAUUUGCCAAUACGAUUUUCGUAGGUCCGUUUUUUGAUGUCAAGGGAGCAACCUGGCCCCUUGUGCUAGGUACAAUAUUGGUAUUUGGUGGAUUCAUGGCUGUUGCAAAUUCCAAGACAGUUCCACAAUUUAUAUUAUCUUUAUCUAUCUGUGUUGGAUUGGGAAACUCAUUGAAUAUUGCUCCAUUGGUAGGAGUAUUGAGUCAUUGGUUUAAUGUGAAAAGAGGGGCUGCAAUGGGUAUAGCAACUGUCGGGGGAUCUGUUGGCGGAAUGGUCAUUCCAUUAAUGUUGAAAGCAUUAUAUGCGAAAGUUGGCUUUGUAUGGGCUAUUCGUUGUCUUGCAUUCUUCUGUUUGGGUUGCAUGUUAUGUGCGAUAUUGCUUUGUCGAGAACGUGUUUCUCGGAAGUUGGAAAGAUAUGAUCAUGGACAAAGAUAUAAACAAAUCUAUUACCAAUUUCAACAAUUGUUUGAAUUUAAAUCAUUACUUGAUCCAAAGUAUUCCUUUUUCAUUGUCGGGAUAUUCGCUGUUGAAGUGUCUAUGAUGUCAUUGUUAACAUUCCUUGCAACUUAUGCCAUUGCUCAAGGAAUGAAAGAAUCCGAUUCAUAUGUCUUACUUACUGUAUUCAAUGCCACUGGAAUUCUCGGAAGAUUAUUACCGGGAUACGUAUCUGAUAAACUCGGUCAUUUUAACAUUAUGAUCUUAAUGCUUAUUGGAUUCAGUGCAUCACUUUUGAUAAUCUGGUUACCAUUUGGUUAUAAUUUCGGAGCCCUAUAUGCAUUUUCAGCGAUUUGUGGUUUUUUCAGUUCCUCAAUAUUGAGUCUUACCCCUGCUUGUUUGGCAGCCAUAACGCCAGUAAGCAAAUUUGGUCAACGGUAUGGGUUAAUGUACUUUUUCGUUAGUGCUGGGAACUUAUUUGGGAUUCCACUUAGUGCUGCAAUUAUCGGAGAAGGAAGCAAACAUCUGUAUGAUAUGUUUGCAGUUUAUUGUGGAGUAUUCGCAGUCGUAGGUACUUCGUGUUUGGUGGUUAGUAGAUACUACAUCGUCGGGCUUAGAAUGAACGUAAAAAUAUAG